AUGGCAGAUAAAAUAAGAGAACAGAAUGAUUAUAAUCGACUUAAGGCAAAAUAUAUUGGGUUAGGAAAUGCCGAUACUUCAAGACAAGAAUUUCUUACUAAUAUUCAUCGUGAUACUUUAGCUUCAUUAAGUCAUAAUCAUCAAUUAUUAUUAUACAAUUCAAUUAUUUUAAAUCAAAAUCCAGAAUUAUUAAGACAAUCAUUAAUUAAAAAAAUGGUUCAACCUAUAAAAAGAACAGAAAAACGAUCAGAAAAAGACUAA